AUGGCGGACGGUACGAUUAAUGAAAGUGAUUUCUCUGAGCAACAUAAGAUUGAAAACGACGAGGAAACCGAGAAGCCGAAUGCUGCCAUCGAACACUUUGACAGCAAUCAAGAAGCCGUCAAGACGAAGCUGAAUGAGUUGCUAAGAGAGAUCGAUGACGAUCUUGAAGUUGAAGAAACUGGACAGAAAAUGUACGAAGUGAUGAAUGAUAGCGAAAUGGAAGAUGAUGUACAGAAGCAUUUGAAUCAGUGUUGGCUUGAUCAUCACUUGUAUCUGUUGCAAUUGUCAUCCGAUGGUAGCGAUCUUGAUCUUGGAAACUCUGAGAAUGACGAGGAUUUGAAGAUAAAGAAACAGUCCGAUCAAGAAAAUCAGGAUCAGAAGCAGAAAAUGGCGUUGAAUCAAGAAUCUGUGGCCUUGAAAUUCAUAUUAGAUGAGCUUGAGACUGAGAUCCCUAGCCUGCAAGUUCAUCUUGCCCGGUUGACACAACGAAAGGAAGAACUCGUGGAAAUGUUUCAGCAGUUGGAAUUUGAACUUGAAAAGCAAAAACAGAGGAAUUCUGAUAUGAAAAUGGUGGAACCAGCUGAUCAUGAACUGAGAGACAAAAUUAAGUCAGUGUUGGAAAGUCAACCGAAGAAACCCAAAACGAAAAUGGAAUCAACACUGAAUCAAAUUUUGGGUAAAGCGAAGGAUUCGAGAAGAUGUCUGAGGAUCUGGAAAUGCUGGGAUGCAGAGAUGACCUUGAAGUGA